AUGAGAGGGAACCAAAUUCUUUUCUCUCAUGAUUCUGUUGAGAAGGUCAGUCAUGUUUUGGUUUCUAAGGAGGAACUUGAUGAUAUUAUGAAUGUUCACUUCUACAACGAGAAAGGCAGAGAUGAUGCGCUGGCUCGGAAAGCUUACGGAACAUCCAAACUAUACGCUUGUAGCAGCGUACUGCAACAAUGGUUUGCAGUCCUUGGCCGGUUGAGUCCAUACUAUAGCCAUAUCAGACAGGAUACAAUUGAUAACUUGGUUGAAAAAGUUGAGCAGAGUGUCAGGGAGAAGAAGGACAAUGCAAUAUUCAUCAGUGACAAGCAGAGUCUUCUGCAUGAAAAAGGUCUUGGCUCUGAUGUUGCUGCUGUUCAUCAGGUGGAUUCCAUGUCGGAUAAUUACCAUGAUUACUUCGGAGGAGCAUCGACAUCACAUAUUGAAAGCACCAGCUAUUCAAGUAGCAAUGAUCUCCCUCUUAAGACGCAUUAUGUCAGUCCAUCACCAGAUACCCUGCUACGAACAAAGAAAAUAUGCAAUCAAGUUGAGAAUGAUGCUAUUCAAAACGUGAUGAAAAGUGUUGAUGAAAGCGGGAUUGUGAGCCAGCAUCAAAUGGAGUCAGACGAUGUUGUACGCGGAUGGUUUGGAGAACAGGAAUCAGAAGGAGGAGACAGGCAUAACAACUCUUUUGUCAUAUCGCAUCGACGCCAAGACCCAAUCAAUGAGUUCUUGCCAGAUGACGAGAUGCUGGCAUGUACCUUUCGAUGGCUGUUUCCCAUAGGGAAAGCUUAUGGAAGACGUGCUGGUAACCUCAAUGGCGAGGAGUUGAACCAUUUACUGAAACAAUUUAGUAUGAUUCAUGGUCAGGACAGACGAAUGUUGGGAUACCUAGCUGAUGUCAAAAGACGAUUUGCAGUCAUAAAAAGUGCAAGCCUCAAACUGAGCGGCAACAGCGAUGCAAUAUCAAGAGUGAAUGAAUUCAUGGAUAGGAACAACCAUCAAGAAAUCCUAAAAACGUUGCGAGAUGAUCCUGAUAGUCCGUCAGCCAAGAAAGUAUGGAAACGGCUGAAAUCGACAUUGACUGGAGGGGACAUUGCUUAUGGAGCUUUGGAAACAAGUAAAUGCAUCAGUCAGACACUUGAAACCGCAAAGCAAUAUGGUGCUGGAUGCACAUUCUUGUCGCUAUCACUUGAAGACAUGUUUAAUACGCGCGGAAUUAGAGCUGCAAUUAAAACAGUUGACAAUACAAAAUUUCCUGCGGUUUUUGGUUCUGAAAGUGAGUAUGCCUCCCUUGAUGAUUUUGUCAAAGCCAUCAAAGAACAUGCAGUUGACAGAGGGCAAGGCAAUAUCAACUUCAAUGAAGGCGAGGGGAUGCGAUUUGAGCAAGCAUACCUAUCAAAACUAGCAGCCAAGAACCCCGCUGCAUAUGUCUGUGAAACAAAAGCAAUUCUUCAUCAUGUCCUUUCAAUUCUCGUCGGUUGUCCACCAGAAGGAUUUUUUGGCGCCUACGAUGGGCGGUCAACACGAAAGAGUCAUUAUUGGAAUACUAAAAAUCGCAAAGGUAUAUUUGGUCAUGGUCUUGGCUGGAGUGGUGGAAGAUCAAUUUUCACAUCAUCUUCUAUGGAUCAAUUAUGUCAUAUGUGCUUCAAGAACUAUGUCAAGUGUCUGCAAUCUGCAAAAAGGUAG